UAUACACGAUACGGGUCGCGACAUUCGUGUACUCAAUUAGUUUUUUUGUAAACCAAGGCAUAAAUCAACCUAAUGACAUUAACUCAUACGCCACACAUCCCGAGAAAUACGUUAUUACAAUAUUACUUAUUACCUGAAAUUAUUAAAAUAACUCAUGGUGAAAAAAUAAUUUCACAAAAUAUUUGUUAACGCUCCGAUUCAAAGUAUUUAUACUCCAGGGUUUAUAGUAUAUUUAAACUCCACGGUGAUGUUAUUACUUAUUUUGAUGACUGCUAUACCUCUCAUUCAUAUUUCAUACUGCUCAUUCCCCAUUAGCCAUUGUUUCAUUACUAAAGUGUGAGUGCAGUAGGUACUGCAGUUCGGUUAAGUGUUAACACAGUUAUUUAUUAUUAUUUGUUGUAAUUCAGUAAUUUCACUGCGCAACCGUGGUAUUUUUACUGUUUUUUCUUUUCAUUAUCAUCAUUUAAAUUUAAUAUUAAUUAAUGAUGACCGAGUCAAGAGACCUAGGGUCAAAAUGGCCACAUUUAAAUAAAUAUUUUGAACAGUUACCUGCGGAUAUUUUGAAUCAAAGUGGAAAUUAUGUGUUCAAGUGCAUUCUUUGUCUUCCAAAAACUAAAUUAUUGUCAACUUCGAAAACAUCCAAUUCAAAUCUUAAAACUCACAUUAAGCAUGUACAUCCAAAUGAAUUAAAUGAAUUUAAUGAAAAUAGUAAAAGGAGGUUAAAUAACAAUAUUUCUGUGCAACCAUAUAAACAAUUAAAGUUAUCUGAAGUUGGCCAAAUUUCUAAAAAACUUACCCAAAAAGAAUUUGACCGUGAAAAUUUAAGGCUUAUUAUAAACACUGUAUCACCGUUUUCUAUGAUUGAACAUCCUGCGUUCAUCAACUACUGUAAAUUAACUUCUAAUAAAGUACCAAUGUGUAGAAGAAAUUUAAUGAGAGAUAUAAAUUGUUUAUAUGAUGGUAUGAUUCAAGAAUUAAAAACUGAACUGUCCAAAAUAGAUUGUGUUUGCAUUACUGCUGAUUGUUGGAGCAUUUUUCACAGGUCUUUUAUGGGAUUCACUGUUCAUUGGCUUAAUCCUACUACACUAGAGCGUAACUCAAAAGCACUUGCUUGCAGGCGGAUGUUGGGAAGACAUACGUAUGAUGCAAUUGCAGAACUUAUUGAUAAAGUACUCACUGAAUUUGACUUACAAAGUAAAACCACACUGCUUGUAACAGACAAUGCAGCAAAUUUUGUAAAGGCAUUCAAAAUAUAUAACACUAAUGAAAGUGAUAGAAGUGGGUUGAGUGCUUGUAGUACUGGAAGGAAUACAGUUAUUGAAGAAACCGAAAAUGAUGAAGUACUGAGAACUAUAAACAUAACUGAUAUUCUCGAUAAUGGUGAUGAUUUUGAUGAAUCAUCAGAAAUAAAAUUACCAAAACACCAAAGAUGUGGUGCAGCACAUACAUUAAAUUUAAUAGCUACAAUAGAUAUCCAAGAAGCUGAAAAAGAUGGUACUUAUAAAGUUAACAGUCGACGUGCAUUUAGUAAAUGUCAAGCAAUUUUCAAUAAACAAAAUCAGUCCUCACAGUGUGCUGAUAAAAUCAAAGAAAUUCUUGGACGAUAUCUCAUAACACCAAAUGCCACAAGAUGGAAUUCAUUUUACGAUGCAAUUAAAUGUAUUGUGGGCAAUAUAACAAAAAUGGAUAAAGUAUUCGAAGUAGUUCAACUACCACCUUUUGCAGUUCAAAGAGACGUGUCAUUUUUAAUUGAGUAUUGCAAGGUAAUGAAACCUAUUUCAAUAGCAUUAGAUGUGUUACAAGGGGAAAAGCAUGUGUGUAUUGGAUAUCUUUUACCAACUAUAACAGCUGUAACAAAAGAAUUGAAUGAAUUAAACAAUUUAAAUUACUGUAGACCAUUAGUUAUUGCUCUCAAAAAUGGAUUAAAAAAAAGGUAAAAUAAAUGUAUUAAAUAUUAUU